CUUUCCCAAAGCAUAUGUAAGACACAAAACACGAGCUCAAAACACAAAACACGAGCUCAAAAUCUCUCUCCUCCGAUCCGAUCCGAUCCGAUCCAAUCCAAUCCAAUCCAAUGGCCGCCGCCUCCUCUUUCACCAUUGCAGCGCCACUCGCCUCAAAUCCAACCGCGAAACUCACCUCUCUCUCCUCCUCCACCCCAGUAUUCUUCAGCAACAAUCUCAACAACCGGGCCGGGCUCGGGCUCGCUCUGGAUCGCCCCUCGAGACCCCAAAAACGCGGAUUCUCCUGUAACUGCAUAUUCGGGCUUGGAGUGCCGGAGAUCGUCGUGAUUGUCGGCGUCUCCGCACUCGUUUUUGGCCCCAAAGCACUGCCCGAAGUCGGCCGCGGCAUUGGCAAGACUGUCAAGGGCUUUCAACAGGCGGCCAAGGAGUUUGAGACCGAACUGAGGAAGGAUCUCGAGGCUUCAGAAGAGGCUUCUGACGAGAAGCUUGAGACAGUGAAGGAAGGGCAGAAGAUAGAAGCUUAAGUUUCCAGCACAAAAAUGAGGUCGUUCAGUUUGAAGUUAUAGCAUAGCAGCUUCAUUACUUACUUUAACUACAGUUUGAUGUUUUUAACACAGAUUAGAAAGGCUAUGAGUUGUGUUGGAUUAUAUACUGAAUUUACAAGUAUUUAGCUCCCUUUUAAAUUCAUUUCUUUUCUGUUUCUUGAUU